AUGGCAGUGGAUACGGUGCAACAACCCGAACCAUGCGGUGGUCCAGAUCUACAUUUUCCGACACUGAACCGAGCCGUCCCUGAGCACAAUCCCGUGAAACGGGCGGAUGAUGUUGAGCGUGACAACCAGGAUGCAGGAACGACGGACAUACCGACAGCAUCACAGGACGCGGCCGACAACCAAAGUACCAUGGACAGUUCAUUACGAGGAGGUGCAAGUGAGACAGCUGACGUCUCGGAACGGCUGCUCGUGACGUCACCGCAGAAUUCGGUGCCGCCACGUAUCACGGAUUCGCGGAGCCAUGUUCAGGCCCACUACCGCCAGCCGGUCGAGCUGCCGUGCGCUGCACAGGGCUUCCCGCUGCCGUCCUACAUAUGGUUCCGCAGCCACGGAGGGUCGAGCUCGCCAGUGGCGCUGGGAGAGCGCAUCCGACAAGUGGGCGGCAGCCUCUUCCUACGCAGCGCACACAUCGAGGACUCCGGCCGCUACAUGUGCGUAGUCAACAACACUGUGGGCGCUGAGCGCGCCUCCACCUCGCUGCUCGUCACCACGCCGCUGUCUGCGUACAUCAGCCCUCAGCAACAGACGGUGGACGUGGGCCGUGCCGCGCAGCUCAACUGCACCACAGAGGGGCAUCCGCAGCUGGCCGUUUCCUGGCUCAAGGAUGGCCACCCGCUCACCACUUCCUCAAGAGUACGACUCGUCGCACCACAGAUUUUGAGAAUUGAGCAUGUGGAGAGGUCGGAUAAAGGCAUGUACCAGUGCGUCGUGUCCAACAACGACGAGACAGCUCAGGGAACAGCUGAACUGAGACUGGGCGACGUGGCGCCGGUGCUGGUGGCGACAUUCGCAGGCGGCACGCUGCGGCCGGGCGCCGCAUGGUCGGCGCAGUGCGAGGCCGCCGGCUCGCCGCUGCCCACGCUCUCCUGGCAGCGUGACGGCGCGCCGCUCAGCUCCGACGAGCAGCGCCUGCAGGUUGGUUUCUGCGCUGCGUAA